AUCAAAUUGACGCACAAAAGACCAGAGCAGACCGCCAUAGGUGUUACCACAACCAGUCUCCCUGAACAAGACCAGAGGAGAUUAGAGCAGAACACCAGGCCGCCACUUGUUACCACAACCAAUCAGCAGAUCAGAGCAGAGCAGACCGCCAGUUCUUGUUACCACAACCCUUGUGACGCCUGUUCUUCGCAGGAUAGCAAGAUUUGCAUUGAGUUCACUUGGAGCUAGAGUAAAACUGUCCACAAGGUGGAUCAUCCUGCUUGGCAGUGCCACUUCCUCCGUCACUUCUUAGGAGGUUGAACUGCAAAAAUGGGCGUCCCCACGUUAAUGCACGUGCUGUAUGCUAUAGUGGUUGUUUCGAUAGCUUUCUGGUUGGUACCUAAUCAAAAUGCCGAGAUCAGACCGAUGCCUAGUAGAGAAAGGGGAGAUCGGAGCAAUGAUCAGUUAAGGGUUGAAACAUUUCAUAUUUACAAGCCUUCUCCACUUGAGAUUGCUAUCAAAAAAUGAAUGGUUUCAAUCUUUAGACCAGGGUGGCGGAUUAUUGCAGAAUGCAGAGCGGUUAUGGCUUAUACUUCUUUGUUUUGUUUUGGUGGUUCUGCGCACGGGCUAUGAAGAUGUAAGUAUAUCAAUCGAUUCUACGAGUGAUCCUCACGUCCUCCUUCAUUUCCUCGAGCUCAGAUCGCAGGAGACACAUGGCGAAAGCUACAAGCCGAAGGGUUGUUGGAGCUCCGCUACAAUGGCCUCAUGAUCCUGGAUUUCCAGAAUGGAAAUCUAGGAGUCGCUCUCCACAAUGGCACAGCGCGUGAUGUCGUGAUGGAAAUUCCUAGGGAAUACGCGAUUCUCGCGGCUUCGCCUGGUGCAACGACGUCUAUGCUGGAUCCUGCUAGUACGAUGUUGGACAAAAGUGGUGGAGAAGGAGAGAAGAGCAGUGGCUUCAAAAAGGAUCAUAGGGAUGGUAUGAAAACUAAGAGUGGUACAACUGGUACAACUUCAACUAAUUCUAAGAACAAAGUAGAUGACGCGACUUCGAUUCAGAGCAGCACGACUCGUGACAAAAGCGAGCAACAGGGUGGGACAUCGGGAGACAAGGGCAAGACUGCGAAAAAAGACAACGACACAAGGACCACUUCUUCUACAGAAAGCAGCUCUUCUGAAAAAGACAACGACACAACGACCACUUCUACAGAAAGCAGCUCUUCUGAAAAAGACGAAACUUCUACUUCAUCGUCUCAAAAAUCUGUUGCCCAAAUUUCCCCAGAUGAAAUUGCCAUGAUGCGGACAGAUGACCUGCUGUUCAGCGAUAGUGUGGACAAUGAAUUCACGGAACUCUUCUCUGGGGUGGAAGGUUACGGUUUGAGGAUAAUUUUAUUUAGUGUGAUCCUGUCCUUGGGAUUUUGUAACAAGGAGCUCCGGGUGGAUAAAGCGUACUUACAUAUGAAAACCGAGAGAGGGAAAGUGGCGGCACUGGUUUAGGAGUCUUGUUCUGGCGGGGUUGUUUCAAAUGCGCUCUCCCGGCGUGGCUGUUUCAGAUGAGCGGCACAGCACUGGUGGCGCUGUUUCAGGUCCAACCUUGCUCGAUCGUUUUCUAAAACUACGUAUAUCCAACUUAUCGGACGCGUUUCUGUCUUCCACUCUAAUAAACCGGCGACGAGCUUGCGGCUAUCGCUCAAAUCGCAACUGCUUUCUGGCAUACCGAUUCAUCCACUUUUAGUUCUUCUUCUGCAUCUUCACAUCAUAUUAUCGACUCGGACGACACAAGCUCAACCUCGAAGUCCGAACAGGAACAAGGACCUUCUGUUUAUGGGAAGCUGCGCGAAAUCCUACUCCCGGUAUUGCCCCGACUGGACUGGCAUAAGGAACAUGGGAUUUUUGCAAUUGAUGCGGAGGAAUUCCGCAUAAUCGGGAAGGGAACCACUAUGGAAGGGUGGCAACGAGAGGCAUUUGAGAAGACCGAGUUGAUACUGACGAAAUUACACUCGUACUCACCGGGUAAUAUGAACCUCCAACCGGGAGGAUCUGGCGUCGGAACAACAGCCUCUAGUACGUCUUCUCUAGCUGCAAGCGAAAGCCAGGAGGUUGCUAGUCGCGGUACAUCUUCUAGUGGCUCCAGUGGAACAAGUGGCACCACAGCUGUCAAUGCUAACAAGGGCGAUACAGAAGGCACCACAAGUUCCACUCCCAGUUCUGAAAACAACAAAGAUGGCAACGAUCAGAAGUACAACAGGGAUGGCAGCAUGUCUGAUGACUUGGAUUUCGAGCAAUCAACACGUGAGCCAGAAGAGUCGGAAGUGCAGAAGAGUCAACAUUAUGAGCAAGGUUGUUGCCUGGAAGCAGUUUUGUUAUAACUUCUACUGCCUUCGUGUGCAAUACCGUAUUUAUUGGACAUGCUUACUUCUAUUUGGAUAUUUAUGAUUCAUAACUACCACUUGUGUACUUCUAUUACAAUCCCAAGUAGUACAACAUUUUCAAGUGAACAGCACAAUCUCUAACCGGAACAAGAAACCGAAGGCGAAGCUCCAGUGGCUCCCGAAUACAACAAUUUCUAUCGAUAUGCUUCGAGAAAUCACAAGAAGCCCUACAAGCGUACUAUCACCGUGGAACACGUCAGAUGGGCUUAUAUCCUAUGGAAAGCCCAUGCAGUGGAUGUGGAGAUAGAUCCUGUGUUGCUGGACUCGAUCUUACGUAGAGGACGCAGAGGACAACGUUCGUUGGCGGAGAUCCAAAGCUCCUCUACUUCUGGUCCUGGUAGUACGACAACUACUCCUGGCGAUAAUAUGAUUAUGAAGACACGACCACUUGAUAGUGUCAGUGGUCCUCUCGGAGGUGGUGCAGCUUCUUCUAUACUGCCGUCGCCGCCUGUUCCUACUGGAGACGGUGGUGUCAAAAAAGCAGCGACUACUGGCUCUGCCUCUACUUCUGAUACUAGUUCCUCUAGUAUUUCGACGAGUGGUUCGGGUUCCUCGAGUACUUCUAGCAGUUCCACCAAGAAAAAGAAGGACUUGGAAAGAGCCUCCUCCGAUAGCACCAAGAAAGAGAACAAAGGUGGAAAGAAGAAGAAGGGCAGCAAAGAAAAGCAAGAAAAGAAGAGCAGCAAGAAGAGCAAAGCUGCGACGUCGACUACUGCGACAGCGAGUACUACGACAGGUUCUACUACCAGUGACACCGAACAAACCAAAACUUCCGAAAGCGGAGAGGCUGAUGGUUCAUCAUCUUCGAACAACACAGCAUCUGCCUCAUCCUCAUCGUCUCCAAAAGCUGUGUCUUCCAACAACUCCACUGCUCUACAGCCAGCCAUUCCCAAUCUAGAAGAGAAUUUGAAUAGACGCAGAACCAACGCAAGAAUGCGAGUGCUGCUCCCUUCCCUUGUUCCAUUCGUUCGUCCGAACUUACAGGGAAAUUUUACGGAAGAUGAUGCUCUACUUGUAAACUUCAGAGAGCGCAGGCUUGUUUUUUACUAGGAAGCGCAUUGGAUUAUAUUACCGAAUUCUGGUGAAGAUAUGCCCUUAGAAUUAGAAAAUCUAGAAAUAAGAACAUAAUAAACUCAUUAUAUAUAGUCCUCAUGCAGCAUGCUGAUGCUGCGUGUAACCACCACCUCUAAAAGCCUGCGAGUCGUUUUCGAUCCCAAGACAUCACCGGCAAACUUUCAAGUAAAAGUAAAGAAGGGCCAACCAGUGAGAAGCGGGAACGAACUAUUUUUCUCCGAUCCCGAUCUCACAGACGCUUCUGCUCUAUGCUAUCACGGAGUCUGGUUUACGAAGACCCACAGGAUGCUGUUGUCGCUACCCUUGCCCAAGGAAGUGAAUGAAGGUAGAAUUUUAUAAAAAUUGAUGUGUUGCUGGGACAAGCAGUUGUUUUUGUUGUUUCCUUUUUUUUAAGUCUAGUCUUGACUUCCUUUUUAUGCUAGAUGCUAAGCUGUUCGAGGUAAAGCAUUUAACGAGAAGAACACCGACCUUGAUACGGUCACUACACGAGUACGUACUAGAAGUUGGAAUUGCACCUCGAUCACUAGGUUUCUCCGUUGAUGCGGCACGUGAGCACUGCGGAUAUGAUGCUGAGAAGAAGACGUGGGGUCUGUAUAUCAUCGGCAACCAAGAGCAACGGACGAUCACCAGUAUCUCAACCACUCCAGUGUCUACUCAGGUGGAAUAUCUUUUACGGAGCUUUUGCUUUGGGUAGACGUAGCCUUGGAUAGUUAAAUACUAGACGGUCGCAUGAUUUGAUUUUGACUCUACUUUGUUGGAGUAUCCAUCGUUCUCGAGGAAACUGCCUUCCGCGUCUAAUUCUCUCAAGCGGAGCCGGAAAUACGAACCACCCCGUUUCGUCGCGCGCAGACAAUGCAGUCAAAGUCUUCAUUGGCUGUUUGAGGUUUUUCCUGCAUCACGAGAAGUUGAAAAACCGCAAAAACUUCCGCAACGGCGAUUAUUGGAAACGAUUUCCGGAUUUUACUCAGCCGAUUGACAGCAAGAGCGAAUCCAGCGUGAUUCUUACGGGUGCCGAGUUGCUGACCAAGAAGGUGGACGACUUCUUGAUAGCCAACUCGAAAAUCCGAAAACGCUUCGCAGCAGACUAUGUUAAGGCUGUUGUAUGUGUAUUGUACUGUUGUAUAUGUGCAAUCCUGUAUAAGUACUGUACUGUUGUAUAUCUAUGUGCAAGAAGCCUCCCACAGCAUCUGCAUCCGCGCGUACUUUCUUUUUUUCUUUGCCAGUGUCGGUUGUAACUCUUAAGACGUACAAGUGGCACAAACUUCCUUUCAAGACAACAACUGGGUAACGGGGCAAACUACGCUUAUUCAUUCAUUUGCCACGGCUGUAUUCUCCACAGCAUCUGUAUCUAUAGAUGCGUUUUUUUUUCGUUUUGGUUGUAGUUCUAAUGAUGUAGCGAAACGGCCGUCUAGUAAGGUGCGGGAGUUCGAGACCGUGAUGGUCGUGCACCUGCUGAAGAGUCUCAACGAUGUAGCCCUGAUCACCCAGAACGACGAAUUGAUGUCGAAGAUCCUUGAGUUCAAACAGAAACACAAGAACGAAAGGUUGAAAAAUCAUUACUUGGCAACGGGAGCAAGCAUCAGCGGCGGGGGGAUGCACGAUUAUGAUGAAGUCGAAGGAGAUCUUGGAUAAAGCUAUUUCUAGGUAGUAAGUUCCAUCACAUGUUGACUUAGAUUUUCUUUAUAAACUUCUUUUCUUAUUGAAUUUGUUCGUGUUGACUCCUUGUUCUCUUGAAUAUGCUACACUGUAGUACAGUCUAGUUUUCCAAUCCCGAAGAAGACGACUUCUUUUCAUAGACUUGUACGUCUAUCUUCCUCCUCAUCUCCAUUAUCUCCAUGUCUAAAACAAGAACAUGAUGGGCGGUUCCUCUUUGGGAGGACUGCCUUAUCAGGUGUUCCAGCGAGAUCAGAACGAUAAUUUGUACCCUAUCGACCAGAACGGAAUACCAGCUGAAGAACCGGUGCAUAUGCUUAGGAUGAACGCUGUGAACGAGAAGAAAAGUUGAACGAGUCAUACUAGUAGAUGAAUGGAUUUUAGAAGAACCACCUACUCCAUAGAAGUAUCCCACUCUACUACUCAUGGGUGUUAUCUCUACAUAGAAGUAUCCCACUCUACUACUGAUGGGUGUUAUCUCUACAUAGAAGUAUCCCACUCUACUACUCAUGCGUGUAGUUGUUAUCUCUAAAUCUAAUUUUCCUUCUUAUCUAGAGAACAGACUACUCUUCUAUCCCAACGCUCUAACUCCCACAUGGAUGAUCAUCAUUCGCAAAGGCACUCGCAGGAGCAGCCACAUCAUCAAGAUCAUUCGCAUCAGCAGCAGCAUCAGCAAAGACGCGUGAUCAGUAAUGAUGGGGAUUGGACUAACAUCAUGCGCAAAAUUGAGCGGCACCAAGAGACAAACAGAAACGGACACAUUCGUUUAUGAAUAAGCCCUCUUUCUUUCCUCAUCUACCUCAUUUCUAAGAGCUUAGGUCAAAUGGAUCCUGCACAAAGGACAGUUUGUUGAAAACCCCACCUAUCGCUAUUGUUGACAACUACUAAGUGUUAUAGUAUAGGGAUUUCUAAAAAUUCAUUGCAUUAAGUAUCAGAACAUAAAAAACAUCUUCAAUUCUAACCCACUCUUCCGGAGGUAGACGUUCUUCGAUCGUGAUUGCUACUGAUGGCGGCUACGGUCAUGAGUAUGGGUCGGGGAUGGGCGGACCAAUGCACAUGAUGGAUCAGAUGUAUAUGCAGAAAGCAGCAGCUGUAGGUGGUCAUUAUGAGGCAAGGAUAGUUACAAUGCUAGUACGCAGUGGGAAGCACCAGCACGUAGUGUGGUAAGUAGUAAUGCUUGUUAUGACGAUGCGUACAAAAAUACUAGUUGUAGUGCUAGGAUCAUUGGGAUUGGUAAGUAGUGCUGGCUUUUGUUUUUCAUUCUAACGCUAUAUAAUUUUUAGUUUUCUAUUUCUUCAUCGACCUCUCAUCAUGAUUGAGUGCGAUUUUUUUGACACGUGCGUAUUCUCUAACCCUCCCCUCGAGGACAGCAGUUCCGUGAUCAGCAGCUGCCUCAGGGAAUACACAUUCAUCACAUGGGAGGUGGGAAUAUGGCAAUAGGCGUCGAGCAAGAGGCAGACUUAAUCGAAGUCGACGAUGAUGAUGAUGAUGAUGAAGACGACGACGAGGAAAUCGAGGUGAUGAUGUCGAAACCAGUCGGAGGACAACAGCAGGAAACGAUACUACUUAGCCAAGAGGAACCUGGCAUCUUCAGCGAAGGAGGACGAGGAGCGCCAGGAGUGAAAGUGGGAUAUGCUUAUUUAUGACAAAAGUUUCUUCCAUUUACUGCAACAGCUACAAUUGUCAAUGAGAAUGAACUCACGGAGAUGACAUUUAUUCUUUAAUAAUCGUUUUCUUUAUGUUCGUAGAACUAGAAGUUGAUUGAUGCGGCCGGUCAUCAUAUCGUUCUUGUGUGUUAACAUCAUUAGUACAUGAUGGUGAUUUAGUCAAUGCGGCUAUGAUGUUUAUCAUCCUGGGAUCUGCAAAGAUAACAGGUUAUGGCAUUCAUAUUUUCCACCUUAACGGUGCGCUGUUUAUGAGGCCUUACGCAGGUUCCUCUCUACAGAAUGCUUGCAUGCGUGGGAGUCCAUAUGUACAAGCAAUAACAUGAACAUGGUGAUUUAUACUGCCCUCGCACUUCUAAUUUUCGACGGUGCCACGUCUGGCAGCAAGAAAAAACUGAAUCCGAUCAGCGAUGCAGAUGGAACCGAUGGGCCAUUCUAUGGCGGUGCUGGAAGUAUGAGAAACAAAGCAUCUUCAAUUGGAAGUGGAGGCGGCAUCGGGAGUGGAAAUGGAUAUGGAGGUAUUUCCGGUAAUGGGGGUAAGCAUUCGUCGAAAACACGCUCGGGAGGCAAGUAUGGUUCCAUAAAGGAAGCAAAGUCGAAGCGCAAUGUGGGAAAAGUGAAAACUUCGAAAUAGUAGUCUAAGAUUUCCAAGAACGGAUAACAGGUGAUCAUAAAUGUUGAUAUGAUAUUGACGUUUCUACUUUCUGGUUGUAGUACUCCGACGUUUCUAAUAAGAAUGAAGAAAGCAUGACAUGCAGGAAUCUAUAAAUAUCUAAUGAGGUUGAUUCCUGGUUUAGAUGAGAGAACGGGAAUAAAAUGUACAAAAGUUGUAGGUUAUAGGAUAAGCCCAGGUCGAAUCACGCAGUCCAUUCUUCGCAAAUUCUAAUAAAACCUGUGUCUGUUGUUUCAACGCACGCAAACGCACGAAUGCCAGACGAUGAAUGUCAACGGAAGAUGAUAUUGUACAUAGCAAACAACGCGCAAUAAGGAUAUUAACCCUCCCCCUCUACUUGAAAUAAUGCUUACCCUCGCCCUCCUAAUACUGAUGGAAUAAACUACAUUUUCCCUGGC